CGAAACAACAUCGCUGUUCGUCCAUUUUGUAGAUUCUCUUUUCUCUUUGCCACCGAAACAAAGCAGUUGUGUUGUGUUGUAAAUGAAGCCGGCAGAGUGAUUGGUUAACAAUUUAAUCUGUUGGCAUCGGUGUCGCAAUGAGUAAAAUCAUCAAUUAAAACGGGAAAAGCUUUGGUUAUUGAGUUGAGUGAAAAUUCAAAAGCCCCAUCAUGUAUCUGUACAGUUUGACGCUGCAGAAGGGAACGGGCGUCACGCACGCCGUCCAUGGCAACUUCUCUGGCGGCAAGCAGCAGGAGAUACUCCUGUCACGUGGCAAGUCGCUGGAGCUGAUGCGGCCCGACUCGAACACCGGCAAGGUGCAUACGCUGCUCUCGACGGAGAUCUUCGGUUGCAUACGCGCUCUGAUGGCCUUCCGUCUGACGGGCGGAACAAAAGAUUAUAUCGUUGUGGGUUCUGAUUCUGGCCGCAUUGUCAUUCUGGAGUACAUGCCCGCCAAGAAUGCAUUGGAGAAAGUGCAUCAGGAGACCUUUGGCAAGUCUGGCUGCCGUCGCAUCGUGCCGGGCCAGUACUUUGCCAUCGAUCCCAAGGGUCGAGCCGUGAUGAUUGGCGCAGUGGAGAAGCAGAAGCUGGCCUACAUCAUGAAUCGCGACACGCAGGCGCGCCUGACGAUCUCAUCUCCGCUUGAGGCGCACAAAUCUAACACUUUGACCUAUCACAUGGUCGGUGUGGAUGUUGGCUUUGACAAUCCCAUGUUUGCCUGCCUGGAGAUCGACUACGAGGAGUCUGACUUGGAUCCAUCGGGCGACGCUGCACAGCGCACUCAGCAGACGCUCACAUUUUACGAGCUGGACCUGGGCCUAAACCACGUGGUCCGCAAGUACUCGGAGCCUCUGGAGGAGCAUGCCAAUUUCUUGGUCUCUGUUCCUGGCGGCAAUGAUGGACCCUCUGGCGUGCUCAUUUGCUCAGAGAACUAUUUAACAUACAAGAAUCUCGGCGAUCAGCACGAUAUACGUUGCCCGAUCCCGCGUCGUCGCAACGACCUGGACGAUCCCGAGCGUGGCAUGAUCUUCAUUUGCUCGGCCACGCAUCGCACCAAGAGCAUGUACUUCUUUCUGCUGCAAACCGAGCAGGGGGACAUCUUCAAAAUCACCCUCGAGACCGACGAUGAUGUGGUGUCGGAGAUCAAGCUCAAAUAUUUCGAUACGGUGCCCCCAGCAUCGGCCAUGUGUGUGCUGAAAACGGGCUUCCUGUUCGUGGCCAGCGAAUUCGGCAACCACUAUCUCUACCAGAUUGCUCAUUUGGGCGAUGAUGAUGAUGAGCCAGAGUUCAGCUCGGCCAUGCCCCUGGAGGAGGGCGAGACAUUCUUCUUUGCGCCCCGCACCUUGAAGAAUCUUGUACUGGUGGAUGAGUUGCCUUCGUUUGCACCGAUCAUUACCUCCCAGGUGGCUGAUCUGGCGAAUGAGGACACGCCCCAGUUGUACGUUUUGUGUGGCCGCGGUCCGCGCUCGACAUUGCGAGUGCUGCGCCACGGCCUGGAGGUCUCCGAGAUGGCCGUCUCCGAAUUGCCCGGUAAUCCCAAUGCCGUUUGGACAGUGAAGAAACGAGCUGAUGACGAAUUCGACGCCUACAUCAUUGUGUCCUUCGUGAACGCCACGCUGGUGCUCAGCAUUGGUGAGACCGUCGAGGAAGUCACGGACAGCGGGUUCUUGGGCACCACGCCCACUCUCUGUUGCGCCGCCCUUGGGGACGACGCCCUGGUGCAGGUCUAUCCAGACGGCAUCCGUCACAUUCGCUCCGAUAAGCGUGUCAACGAGUGGAAGGCCCCCGGCAAGAAGUCCAUCACCAAAUGUGCCGUCAAUCAGCGGCAGGUGGUCAUCACGUUGUCUGGACGGGAACUGGUCUACUUUGAAAUGGAUCCGACUGGCGAGCUAAAUGAGUACACAGAACGCUCCGAAAUGCCGGCAGAGAUCAUGUGCAUGGCCCUGGGUACAGUGCCCGAUGGCGAGCAACGCUCAUGGUUCUUGGCCGUCGGACUGGCGGAUAACACUGUGCGCAUCCUCUCGUUGGAUCCGAACAACUGCCUGACUCCCUGCUCCAUGCAGGCCCUGCCUUCGCCGGCCGAGUCGCUUUGCUUGGUGGAAAUGGGACACACGGAGAGCACGACCAGUGCGGGAGCCAUGGAUGACGAUGCACCACCACAGCGCAGUGGCAGCAACAAGGGCACAAUCUAUCUGAAUAUUGGCCUGAGCAACGGAGUGCUGCUUCGGACUGUACUCGAUCCGGUCUCUGGCGAUUUGGCAGAUACGCGAACGCGUUACCUGGGCUCUCGUCCCGUGAAACUGUUCCGCAUCAAGAUGCAGGGCGCCGAGGCAGUACUGGCCAUGUCGAGUCGCUCCUGGCUGUCGUAUUACCAUCAGAAUCGAUUCCAUUUGACGCCGCUCUCCUAUGAGACACUGGAAUAUGCCUCGGGCUUCUCCAGCGAGCAGUGCAGCGAGGGCAUUGUGGCGAUCUCAACGAACACCUUGCGCAUCUUGGCCCUGGAGAAACUGGGAGCUGUCUUCAAUCAAGUGGCGUUUCCCCUGCAGUUCACGCCGCGCACAUUCGUCAUUCAUCCGGACACUGGGCGCAUGCUGAUCGCCGAGACGGACCACAAUGCCUACACGGAGGAUACGAAGAGUGCUCGCAAGGAACAGAUGGCCGAGGAGAUGCGCAGUGCUGCUGGCGACGAGGAACGCGAACUGGCCAGAGAGAUGGCGAAUGCCUUCAUCAAUGAAGUGCUGCCCGAAGAUGUUUUCUCGGCCCCCAAGGCAGGGCUGGGUCUGUGGGCCUCACAGAUCCGCUGCCUGGACGCCAUGCACGGCCAGACGAUGUUCAGUAUGUCGCUGGCCCAGAACGAGGCCAUCAUGUCGAUGGCCAUGGUCAAGUUCUCGGUGGCAGCCGAUGGUCGCUACUAUCUGGCCGUUGGCAUUGCCAGGGAUCUUCAGUUGAAUCCGAGAAUAUCCCAGGGCGGCUACCUGGACAUCUACAAGAUCGAUCCCACGUGCUCCAGCCUGGAGUUCAUGCAUCGCACAGAGAUCGAUGAGAUCCCUGGCGCACUGUGCGGCUUCCAGGGUCGUCUGCUGGCCGGAUGUGGCCGAAUGCUGCGCAUCUAUGAUCUCGGAAAGAAGAAAAUGCUCCGAAAGUGCGAGAACAAACACAUUCCCUAUCAGAUCGUCAACAUCCAGGCGAUGGGUCAUCGCGUCUACGUGUCGGAUGUCCAGGAGUCUGUCUUCUUCCUGCGCUACCGUCGGGCGGAGAACCAGCUCAUCAUCUUUGCCGAUGACACGCAUCCCCGAUGGGUGACGGCCACCACACUGCUGGACUACGACACCAUUGCCAUCGCUGACAAGUUUGGCAAUUUGAGUAUUCAGCGCCUACCCCAUUCCGUGACUGACGACGUGGACGAGGACCCCACCGGCACCAAGUCGCUGUGGGAUCGUGGACUGCUCUCAGGUGCCUCCCAAAAGUCGGAGAACAUCUGCUCCUUCCACGUGGGCGAGAUCAUCAUGUCGCUGCAGAAGGCCACCCUCAUUCCUGGUGGGUCGGAGGCUCUCAUCUAUUCGACGCUCAACGGAACUGUUGGUGCCUUUGUGCCGUUCACCAGUCGCGAGGACUACGACUUCUUCCAGCACCUGGAGAUGCACAUGCGCAACGAGAAUCCCCCGCUAUGUGGUCGCGACCAUCUCAGCUAUCGCAGCUCCUACUAUCCCGUGAAGAAUGUGCUCGAUGGCGACCUGUGCGAGCAGUACCUGUCCAUUGAGGCGGCCAAGCAGAAGAGCAUUGCCGGGGACAUGUUCCGCACCCCGAAUCAGAUCUGCAAGAAGCUCGAGGACAUACGCACGCGAUAUGCCUUCUAAGAUGAAUAUGCAGCAGAAGUUGGGCAAGUCGUCGGCUGGAAUGAAUCCCUUGUGGAAAAGUUUUUGGCCAGAAGACACCACUAAUGCCGCGAAUCCUUAAUGAUUUUAAGAUUCUUCUUACAUAUUCGAUUAAUUGGCGAUUCAUAAAUAUAAAUCUAAAUAUUUCAUACAUUAGUUUGUAAUUCACAAAAAAAUCCACAACCACUAAACGACUGCCUAUUUAUACUAGUAUUUAAUUUAGUGCAAAUUCAAUAUUUUGCACAACACCAAUUACCCACUUUAGCAUAGAAAUUAAAUAUUUUAAAUAAAAUACGCAAAAUGAA